GUGCAGAUUUACGUGCCGCCACAUCCGCUUGUUAAGCACUGGCUGGCAGUUCUGCGGACCAAGGACACUCCCUCCUCCAUCUUCCGCUCAGCCGCCAGCGAGCUGGGGCGCAUACUCGUGUACGAGGCGGCCCGCGAUUGGCUGCCCACGAUAGACGGCCAGGUGCAGACGCCGCUGGGUGUCGCGGAUGCCACGUUUGUGGACCCCAUGCAGCCCAUCAAGGUGGUCCCCAUCCUGCGGGCGGGGCUGGUCCUGCUGGAGCAGACCGCCACGCUGCUGCCCGUCACGCAGACCUACCAUGUGGGCUACGUGCGCAACGACGACACACUUGAGGCCUCCUGCUACUUGAACAAGCUGCCGCCUAGCUUCGGACCCGAGGACCGCAUCCUCGUGUCUGACCCCAUGUUGGCAACAGGCGGCACCCUGGCGCAGGUGGUCGAGGACGUAGUGGGGCGCGGCGCCUCGCCCAGCAUGAUACGCGUCGUCAGCAUCGUGUGCGCGCCGCCGGCGCUCAAGCUGCUGGGCGAGCGGUACCCGGGCCUCACCAUCUACACCGCCAUGAUAGACGCGGAGCUGGAUGAGCGCGGCUACAUCGUGCCGGGGCUUGGUGACGCGGGCGACCGAGCCUUCAACACUUGA